UGCAUCCACAGCAACAGCAUCCUCUUCCUCCUCAGACCAACCCUCGCUAGCUCCUAGCUGCAUCUGCUGCCAAGCUCCACCUGCUGUCUGCUACCUCGUCGGGUUGAAGGUCGUCCAAGAGCAUUUUGAAGGUUGACAGUAACCUUCGGUUGUGGGAAGAUGUAUCGGGCCAAGAGAGCCGCAUUGUCACCAAAGGUGAAGCGCCGUGUCGGCAAGUAUGAGCUCGGCCGCACCAUCGGGGAAGGGACAUUUGCAAAGGUCAGGUUCGCAAAGAACACUGAAACUAUGGAGCCUGUUGCUAUCAAAAUCCUCGACAAGGAGAAGGUUCAGAAGCUCAGAUUGGUUGAACAGAUUAGGCGCGAAAUUUGCACUAUGAAGUUAAUAAAGCAUCCUAAUGUUGUCCGACUGCACGAGGUGAUGGGAAGUAAAGCAAGAAUUUUCAUUGUUCUGGAAUACAUUACUGGAGGGGAACUCUUUGAUACCAUUUAUACCAAUGGAAGGUUGAAAGAAGAGGAAGCACGCAAAUACUUCCAACAACUGAUAAAUGCCGUUGAUUAUUGCCACAGUAGGGGUGUGUAUCACAGAGAUUUGAAGUUAGAAAAUUUGUUGCUUGAUGCUGCUGGAAACCUCAAAGUGUCCGACUUCGGUUUAAGUGCUUUAACUGAGCAAGUCAAGGCUGACGGUUUGCUGCACACAACAUGCGGAACUCCGAACUAUGUUGCUCCUGAGGUGAUUGAGGAUAGAGGUUAUGAUGGCGCAGCUGCAGAUAUCUGGUCUUGCGGGGUAAUCCUUUUUAUUCUGCUUGCCGGGUUUUUACCUUUCGAGGAUGAAAACAUCAUCGCUCUUUAUAAAAAGAUCUCAGAGGCUCAGUUCACGUGCCCCUCUUGGUUUUCUACUGGAGCUAAGAAGUUGAUUUCCAGAAUUCUGGACCCUAAUCCUUCAACUCGUAUGACCAUUCCUCAGAUACUGGAGGAUCCUUGGUUCAAAAAGGGAUUCAAGCCACCUGUUUUUGAUGAUAAGUAUGAAACUAGUUUCGAUGAUGUCUAUGCUGCAUUUGGAGACUCAGAGGACCAACAUGUGAAAGAGGAGACUGAACAUAAGCCAACCUCAAUGAAUGCAUUUGAACUGAUUUCGCUGAAUCAGGGACUGAAUCUGGACAAUUUAUUCGAGGCAAAGGAGGAGCAUAAAAGAGAGACAAGAUUCACCUCGCAAUGCCCUCCAAAAGAAAUCAUCAGCAAGAUUGCUGAAGCUGCAAGGCCACUUGGAUUUGACAUUCAGAAGAAAAACUACAAGAUGCGGAUGGAGAACCCGAAAGCAGGUAGAAAAGGCAAUCUCAAUGUUGCAACUGAGGUGUUUCAAGUAGCUCCAUCCCUACAUGUGGUUGAGCUGAAAAAGGCGAAGGGGGAUACUCUGGAAUUUCAAAUGUUCUACAGAUCUCUCUCGACCCAGCUCAAGGACGUAGUUUGGAAGUGCGGCGGCGAGGUAGAAGAUAACAGCACCGCGGCAUGAAGCACAUUUUGAGACUCACCGACCGAUCGGCGCUGGUUUUCCAUGUACAUAGUUCCUUGAUAUGUGGGAUGGGGCAUGGAGGGUGCGGAAUGGAUUGUGCAGACCAAGUUCUUUUGUUCGUUCGUUUGUUGAUGAUGAUGAUCGAAUAGGCUCCGAUGAAACAGCGGGCGCGCAGCCUGCUGUGGAAGAGCCUAUCUAUGGCUUCGUUAGUUUGCUUAUCAUAUUCAUGGUCCAGAGGCGAAAGGCCGUAUUGUUCUAAGAUUGUAUUGGUAGGAGGGUACAUUGAACAGUGCAAUGUGUUGAACUUUGUUUGUGCUGUAGUACUUGUAGCAUUGUAGUAGCUAUAGCCGGGGAGAUGACUCUAAAUAAAUAAAAUGCUGAUCCUUGCCGGCGA